AUGAAUGCCAAGGAAUCACUGGAAUAUGGUACGAACAUCGUCGGCGGCACUAAACCAGGUGUCACCGGAGAGCAUCUUGGACUACCAGUACUUCCCUCGGUGGCGGAAGCCGUCAAACAAUUAAAACCGACGGCCAGUGCCAUCUACGUCCCUGGAAGUGGUACUGUCACAGCUAUGGAGGAGGCCAUUGAGAACGAGAUACCCCUAAUCGUUGCUGUAGCCGAGCACAUCCCUCUCCACGACAUUAUGAGAAUACAUCAGAUGCUGCAGACUCAGUCUAAGACCAGGCUUGUUGGAGCAAAUUGUCCUGGUAUCGUCAGCACUCACGGUCGAUGUCGUCUUGGUUUCCAACCACUACCAUUCUUCAAGGAGGGCAACAUUGGGAUUGUGGCAAAGUCGGGUCUGGGUCAAACAUACGGCAUCAGCAUGGGUGGCGACGUCUUCGCAGGGACCAACUUCAUCGAAGCUUUCCAAGUCUUGGUGGAUGAUCCGAACACCGAGGGUAUCAUCAUGAUCGGUGAGCUUGGAGGUCGCGCUGAGCUUGAUGCUGCCGAAUGGGUGAAGGACUAUCGGAAACGUACCCUCGAUCCCAAGCCCUUCAUGGCAGUCAUCGGUGGCGUCGAGGCGCCUCCAGGACGUAUCAUGGGCCAUGCAGGCGCCUGGUCUGCUCCGGGAGAAGCAAUUGCGCGCGAGAAGAUUGCAAUUCUGGAAAAGGCGGAUAUCGAAGUGGUCGAUCAUCCCGAGAAACUUGGAGAGAGGAUGAAGCAGUUGCUCCAGAAGAAAAAGACCAAGCCCGCAAGUUCAUUCACGGGGCAGCAGAAGAGAGGCAUGCAUACCAUGCGUCAAAGACCAGUGACGAAGCACAAACAGAACGCACAAUACCAGCAGCGACGAAAUCUGUACGUCAAGCAGUCUGACGCUUUCGACAUGCUUCAGCAGAGAGACAUCAAGACCACGGAGAAGGAUCCCAAUGGCAAUUCCACAAAGAUGGUGGCUAUCUCGAUCGACCGAUCUGCAAGACAGCCAUGCAUAGUCGCAUCUCCAGUGACGGAUCCAGACUCGAUUUUCUCGAACACAAAACGAUUUCCAUUUCCUUAUGGCUCAGGCGAGGCCACGUCAGACGCCAUGCUUAGCUCGGUAGCCAGCCACAUGCACGUUCACGGGAAGGGCAAAGAGUCUCUGAAGAAGCUGCUCACCCAACUGGUCGAUCUCUAUAUGAGCAAAGAAGCCUUCGUUCUUCGAACCGAAGUUCUCAUCAACGACGAGACUGGUGACCUGCAAGUAACACGAGCCAAGUUCGGCUUUGACGACGCCGCCUUCCGAAGUUCGAAGCGGCAAGCAGAUGUUCACAAGCUGCGCGAAAUCGAAAAAGAAGAUGCAGGGGAGGUGGCUGCGGAAAAAGAAGGUAUGGUUUACAUUAAGCUCGAUGGCGAAGGAACGCUUGGCACUAUCGUCAACGGUGCCGGGCUAGCGAUGAACACAGUGGACAAUCUCGUCGCUCGCGGUGGUCAUCCAGCGAACUUCCUCGACACAGGUGGCAAGGCUACAUCGGAGACCAUCAAGGCCAGCUUCAAGAUCGUGACCUCAGAUCCAAGAGUGAAGGCUAUAUUUGUCAACAUAUUUGGCGGGCUUACGCUUGGAGAUAUGAUCGCGAACGGUAUCUUGCUCGCAUUUAAGGACUUGAACUUGAAGGUCCCCGUUGUUGUGCGCAUACGUGGGACGAAUGAGGCGGAGGGUCAGAGGCUGAUUAGAGAGAGUGGGCUGAAGCUGGACGCCUAUGAUUCCUUUGAUGAAGCCGCGGCGAGAGCCAUUGCAUUGGCAAGCGGAGAGGCGAAGAUCGAGGCAUAG